AAUUCAACUAAAAUUGCACAAUGAAAUCCGUGUUGAUUACCGGCGCAAAUAGAGGGUUGGGUCUUGGAAUGGUUAAAUUUGUUCUCAAGAACAAUAAGGCUGAAAAUGUUUUCGCAACCUGUCGUAACACUUCUGAGGAACUAAAAGCAAUUUCUCAAGAACAUAAUAACCUGCACAUAUUGAAUCUAGAUGUUACCGAUACAUCGCAAUUUGAUGAUGUGGCUACACAAGUAGCAAAAGUUAUGGGAGGGCAAGGUCUCAAUUUACUGAUCAACAAUGCUGGUGUCACCACGCGUUUCACAAAGCUCAACUUGGUGAAAGCUGAUCAGUUACUGGAAAAUCUUACUGUUAACACAGUAGCACCUAUAAUGCUGACGAAGGCUCUAGUUCCAUUAUUGAAACAAGCAGCGGAAGCUAACAGCGGGAAGCCAAUGGGCGCCGAGAAGGCAGCUGUCAUAAACAUGAGCUCUAUUCUUGGCUCCAUUGCACAGAACGAUCAGGGUGGCUUCUAUCCGUAUAGAUGCUCAAAGGCCGCACUAAAUGCUGCAACAAAGUCAAUGAGCAUUGAUUUAAAGAAAGAUGCGAUUCUCGUUGCGUCCAUGCAUCCGGGAUGGGUAAAAACCGACAUGGGUGGAAAAAAUGCGCCGCUAGAUGUCGAUACCAGUGUCGGCGGUAUUUUCACAACCAUAGACAAACUCGGUGAAAAUGACACUGGAAAAUUCUUGCAAUAUGAUGGCUCGGAGUUGCCAUGGUAAUAUCAAAAUGAUAAUUUUACACAAAUUAAAUCAAAUAACAAGAAAAGAGAUUUUUAAUGUAAGCUUUAUUGGUGGUAGAUUGUUGUAACUGUAAGAACUAUUAUAAUAAAUUUUUAUUAAUGAAAUAAAGUAAUUUUUUACUUAUGUUUA